CUACAGUAGCGCUGCUGUGUGUUCCGGGGAGCAGUGCGGCUGUAGGAACAGUGUGUCUGUAGCUUUAGCAGGGCUGUGUGGAAAACCCGAGCGGUCAUUUGUCUCGGUUGGUAAAGGAACUGUCUUAAAGAAUAUUUCCUCUAGAGAUUGGGAGUUAUGCUUCUUUCUUUUGCCAUCCGUAAAUGCUGUGCAAAACACUGUGUACAGCUAGCUAAAAACCUGAAUGUUCGAGGACUAGCCACCUCCAGCAGCCAGCUCUUUGGCAGGAGAACAUCUCAGCGUUUUGUUAACCAGACAAGAGGAGCUAAAACCAACAGAAAAAAAACACAAAACCAAGAAGAUGAUUGGAAACAGAGGAAUAAGACUGCCCUCACAUAUAUCGCAGCAGCCGGGGUUGGAAUGAUUGGCUUGACAUAUGCUUCAGUGCCACUCUACAGACUAUACUGCCAGGCAACUGGACUGGGUGGCACAGCAAUCGCAGGACAUGAUGGAGAAUUAGUGGAGACCAUGAAGCCGGUUAAGGACCGCGUUAUAAAAGUCACCUUCAAUGCUGACACACAUGCCAGCCUCCAGUGGAACUUUCGCCCUCAGCAGUCAGAGAUCUAUGUUGUGCCAGGAGAAACUGCUUUAGCAUUUUACAAAGCACGAAAUCCCACAGACAAACCGGUUAUAGGAAUAUCUACCUACAGUAUUGUGCCGUUUGAUGCUGGGCAGUACUUCAACAAAAUUCAGUGCUUCUGCUUUGAGGAACAGAGGUUAAACCCUUACGAAGAGGUGGACAUGCCUGUGUUCUUUUACAUCGACCCAGAGUUUGAUGAGGACCCUAGAAUGGCCUGGGUGGACUCAAUCACACUUUCCUAUACUUUUUUCGAAGCCAAAGAUGGACAGAAAUUACCGCUUCCUGGAUACAGCUAAAUAAGCAGUACAUGAUGCUUUAUUCAGAGACUUUAAAUUUUUAUUAAAACUUCAAGAAAUCUAAUAGAGUGUCAUUGAUAGAAAGGAUAUAAUUUGUUAAAGCCUUUUUAUUAAUGUCUACAUGCUGUCUGUGUAAUAACGUGCUCAAGUAAUAACAUGUUCAUGUAAAAUUCUACUUUAAUCAACAUUUGGAUUAAACAUCAGCUUUAAAAGCUGUGCUGUACA